CCGCAGUCAGGAGGCGCACCGGAGCGGCCGGGCGCCCCCCACGGGAGCCCGCAGCCGCCCGCGGCGCGCAUCCAGCUGCGGCUCCUCCGGCCGGGCGCGCUGUGCCCCGGGGCUCCGCGGACCCUGCGUCGCCGCCCGCUUCGGAGCUUCUGCGGCGCGGGAUGGCCGGCGGGGCGGCGAGGGCCCUGCCCGCCUCCCCUGCGCCCGCCCCGGCUUCUCCCCCUGGCGGUGGAGCCUCGGCGGCCGCCGGCACCACUAGGCGCGCUGGAGCCCGAGCCGAGCCGAGCCCGAGCCGCCGCCGCCGCCGCGCGCCGCGCGUAGGCUCCCUCCCAGCGCGCCGGCUGGGGUGUCGGGGGGCGGCGGGCUGGAGGGACGGGGGCGGGCGAGGGGCGCGUACCGGGAUUGGCGCCGAAGACCGGACCCUCCGCCGCGAGGGGAGCGUUGCACCCGAACUGAAGAGCACGUGGCGGAAGGAGGAGGAGUGGACCCCUGGCAGCCCCCCACGCCGGGCCCCUGUCCAUUUGUUUACUGUUUGUCCUCUCGUCGGCCACUGUACUACUUUGCUACUCUCUGGAAAAAGACGCCUAAGCUGAGGUCCAAUUUCUCCAAAAAGCUGGAAGCAAAGGGGGCCAGUGACUAGGGCCGAGGGAACGGUUCCCACCCACAGGGGGCUGAAACUCCAGAAACCUCUGCAAGAUCAGGGGUGACUGGAAGUUCAGGACCCCAGCUGAGGCGAAACUGAAAUUCAACUUUGCCCCCAUCCUCUUGCCAGAAUCCCCACCAACACCAGGGAAGCUAACAGGUCCUUUGUUUUUACGUUGUGUGGUCUUUGGGAAAUUUGCUUUGAGUAUGAGAACAAAAAAUUACUACUGUUUACUCAAGGGAUUGCAGAAAGAAAAAACAGUCAUCACUUUUUCCCUUCGUGUGUGAGUGAGUGUGUGUGUGUGUGUGUGUAGUUGUUAGGUUCAUGGCUUGAACUGCAAAACGUCAGUUGUAACAAUAAGAAUUGCAGGGCCGCCUAGGUGUAUUUUUAGAAGCUGCACUUUCUUGAGUUCUUUUCACACAAGGCUUGCUCUCUCAUUAAGUCCCCAUAAAUAAUUGUAUUUAGAGAGAAGGAAACUAUGGAAGCAGGAGAGAGAUUGCUAAGAUCUCCAUCCCGCCAGCCUGGGAGCACAGUUUGCAGUGAAGUUCCUGGAAAGUGGCUGUGGGCUGAGAAUUGUUUUUCCUAAAUGCUCUGUUAGGUCCUCUCUGUCAAAUGUCUAUGAAUAAAGCACCCUGGGAAAAUCCUGA